AAACUCGUUGCCUUUGCAAGCCCUUAAUGUCAUGCCAGUAUUGCGAGAUUUCUCGCCUCGUGGCGGCGCGUGGCUUGAAUGAGGAAGGUUCGUUUCUGAUACAGGAAUGUCAAUUUACGAGAAACAUUACCACGAGGGCCGGCUCGCGCAUAUAUAUAUCAGGCUUGUCAGGUCGACAUGUUGUGGGUACCCAACUCGCAUGCUCCAGUCCUCAGCCUUCCACCUUGAUUAUUACCGGGUCAGUCCAGUCAGAGGCCAGCUAGAGCCCUAUGAUCCAACCACUGCGAGAAACUGGAGGUACAUCCAGACCACUGAUACGCCCAAUGAGCUCAAGGUCCUUUUGCCCCCGUCGGUCGCGUCAACGUACGAGCAGCUCCUGAGGCUUGAGGUCAUGGAACUGGACAAGAGGGUUACUGUUUCCUGGGAGCGAAUUCUUGAAAUCAGGCAUCUCAAGGACCGGAUGAUACGCAAAUGCCAGCGAUUAUCAAGGGUACUCCCUCCUAAGCGAAUUGGUCGUGGAGAUCCAUUUGUCUUCCAGACCCUGAUCGCGCCUGAAGAUUUUCGUUUGAAAGAAAUGGAGACAUGGUUCCACCAGGAGCAAUUGCGACACAAGGGUAGAUCGGUCGCCGUCCAUCGUCCCACCGUGCAGAAGGCACCUUCACGAAAUUCUUGCUGCGUCCGGUGUGCACGCGCGACGCAGCCUGACCUCGCUGCGUCAGCACCCUCCACGGCACCUGCGCCGAAAUUGGACAAGGCUCGUUCUUCUCAACUGAAAGAAGUAGAGCCAAAGUCACUCAAGAACACGCCAACGUCUAGUCGCGCAAUUUCUCCUGUGACAGAGCCUGUCAAGACGGAGUCAUCACAUAUACCGCCACCAGUCGAAGUGCCUCCCCCGUCUGUGCCGGAGGACGUUAACUUUGAAGCACCAGACACCAAGCUCGUUGACCCCGAAGUGGUGCAGGCAGACGCUGCACCCACACCUGGCGCAAGUCCUCCUCCCGCUGAUGCCGAAGAACAAAAUGAUUCUUCAGAGUCCUCAACAAUAGCGCCUACGCCUCCCGCCUCGCCGCCUCCACUCCCGCACCUUUUACGAAUAUCAGAUCCAUCUCUGGUCAAAGAUAUUCUCGAAGCAGAGACAUCAGCUGUCAUUCGACCUAUGCCGGAACCGCCUGUAUCUAGACCUCCUUUGGUCCGCCGCAGGAGUUGUAUCAAACGGUCUAGCGUCGGCGAAUCUGUAAAGACGGUAUCGUGGGCAGAUGAUCGGGAGUGGACAGAGCAUUUUCCGAAGAGGCCUGUAACCCCUGAACCGGCGAUAGUAGAAGAACCUAGUUCCACAUGGGGUGAGAACUACGAUGAACAUGUCUCCAGACUCGACAUGCUGCAUCGUGAGUUGACGAAGAGUCUGGAGGAAAUUCGAGCCGACCCAGUGCAUUUCCGGGUAGUCGACGCUAUUAUUUCUGACCAUAAGCAGAGGGUGACGGCCAACUGUUAUGUAGGACAACUUGAGACUUUAUUAGAUCAAGUACGAGAGGAAGAAGACGACGAUGAGGACGACGACGAUUGGGAUGGAGAUAACGACACAUGAAUGUUACGAUAGUUCACUGAAGCCGACAACCUAUUCGUGGA